GACAGCCUGUGACGUUGUAACGUAAUGACUCCUUGAAAGUUAACCUCACAUUUUGUUUAUAACUUUAUCUUUAAUUUUAGAAAAUUUCUGAAUAUCAAGGUGAUCAAAUGACUACGUUGAGAGGAUGGCGGUAUACAGCAUUGAUAGGAGGUCUAGUGGCAAGCAUAGGCUUGACAAUAUAUCCCAUAAUAAUUCAUCCCAUGAUGAAUCCAGAAAAGUACAAAAAAAUUCAAGCCCAUACUAGAGCUAAUAUAAAUCAAGAAGAUAUUCAACCAGGAAAUAUGAAAGUUUGGACAGAUCCUUUCGAUAGAAAAAAGCCUGACUCGAAGUAGUUCUUAGAAUAGUGAAAUAUAUACUUAUAAGUAGUUUUCAGUUAUUUAAUAAAAUAAAUUUGAUUACAAAAA